AUGGCGGCGGAUGCCACCAAGUUUAUCAGCCCUGGAAAGAUCCUCCUCAUGGACAAGCUUGCCGCCGUUGCGGCGGUGCUGCUCGCGGCAUGGAUUUAUGCUGACCGAGCCCUUGUAUUCUGGACAGUGUUCCUUUCCCUCGCGGUCUUUCGGCAUUUCUGGUGGCGAGACACGUCGGCGCAACCAGCACCGAGAGGUGCCGAACAGAGGAACUGUGCAUCUGGGCGGCCUCCUCAAGCCAACGAGGAGCUGGCUGCAGCGCGCCGCGCCGGCGUUCCGGCGGAGCACUUGGAGCAGGUGGCCGAACUUGGAAGGCGAGUGGCUGCGAGGGGUCAGAUGGAGCCUUUGUGCGAUCCGCUGAUGUUACUUCGUUUCCUCAAAGCGCGUGACUUUGACGUCAGCGCUGCUGCCGUGAUGUAUCGGGCCACCAUCAAAUGGCGGGCAACCUUCUCCAUCCAGUCGGUGAUGAUGAUAUUCGGCACUGGUGAGCCCUACACUUUGGAUGGCAAUCGCGCGGCUGAAGAUCCGACAAGCUGGCGCUGGCAUCCAGAGUUGCAUUCGCGAGAAGCCUCGCUGGUGAAGAAGUACGGCUUUUUUGGCCGGCUCUCGCAGCGCAGCGCUGGCGGCGAGCCUGUGGCCAUAUGGCGACUGGGUGCCGCCGACUUGGAUGGGCACCAUCUCUGA